ACUCACCCAAACUUUCAUUUCAGCUUCUUAUUUUUGAAUUUCACUGACUCUCUCUCCCAUUUUUGAAUUUCACUUAAGACUCUUUCUCCUCUCUCUCAAUACCUCCGAGCUCUAUCCGUCACUCUCCACUCUCUCAACCCCGACUGCGCCUCCACCACUCUCUCAACAUUCACGCUUGCUCUCUGCCUCUCCGUCAACCCCGUCUUCACCGCUUCCCGCAUACCCACAUCAGACCCAUGAGCAAAAACAAAGAAAAAAUGGCGGCUCACCAUCAGAGAUCCCGACUCCCAAACACGCACACCCUUUUUAGACCCAGAUCAGAGAAAGUAAGGGUUGGGGUUUGGGGAGAAUCGGGUUAGGGUUUGAUGCUUUUUCAUGUUAGAUCUAUGUAGGGAUAUGAGAUUGAGAGAGAAAGAAAGAGAGUUUGGUCGAAGGAGACAAGAAGCCACCAUCGGAGGUGGUGGUUGUGAUGAAAAUUAUCCUUGCCGAUUUGGGCGGGCUUGUUUCAGAGAGAGACCACCACUCGAUCUUGGAUUGAAGAAUGUGAGUCAUUUUAUUCUUGAUGAGUGUGAUAAGAUGCUAGAAUCACUGGACAUGAGGAGAGAUGUGCAGGUGAUCUUCAAGAUGACUCCUCAUGACAAGCAAGCUAUGAUGUUUUCAGCAACUCUCAGUAAAGAGAUCCGCCCUGUUUGCAAACAAUUUAUGCAAGAGCCAAUGGAAAUUUAUGUUGAUGAUGAGACCAAGUUGACUCUUCACGGUCUUGUACAGGCACUACAUUUUAUUGGACGAGGCAGAGAAAAACCGCAAAUUGAAUGACCUUCUUGAUGCAUUGGACUUCAAUCAGGUUGUCAUUUUUGUCAAGAGUGUGACCAGAGCUGCUGAGCUGAACAAGUUACUUACGAGUGGGACCAGAGCUGCUGAGUUGAACAAGUUACUUUGUUCAUGAUUUUUACUUUUAUUUUUCAUAUUUUUAUUGUAUGGGGAAAACACUUAGAUGGCUGAGUUUUUUGCUUUGUCAAGUUAAGAUUAACAGACAAAAUCGUGUAAUAUUUUCCACACAAAGGUGAUAUAAAUAUGUAUUUUACUUUCUAUUUGUUCC